CAUAGUAAGUUGAAGGAAUAUCAUCUUCUUUAUCGUUUCAAUGUAUUGCUUCCUAGUAAUAUCCAUUUUCUGAUAUCGUACCUAAGCUAAUUGAGAUAAUUGAUUUUUGCGAGGAAAAAAAAAGUGGUUAUAUGUCUCCUGAAUAUGCCAUGGAUGGGAUUUUCUCCGAGAAGUCUGAUGUAUUUAGCUUUGGAGUCAUGAUUCUUGAGAUCAUAAGCGGAAAGAAGAACACUUCUUUCUGUGAUUCGGAUCGUCACCUAAACUUGGUCGGACAUGUGUGGGAUUUAUGGACAGAAGGAAGAAUUUCAGAGAUCAUUGAUUCUUGUUUGGAUGAAAGGAUUCCAAGGAGUGAAGCACUACAAUAUGUUCGUGUUGGCUUGUUAUGUGUGCAAGAAAACGCAGCAGAUAGACCAACAAUGUUAGAUGUGGUAUCUAUGCUCCAGAAUGGAUCAAUGGCUCUUGACUCUCCUAAGCGACCAGCUUUUUCUGAAAUUAUGAGCCUCAACAAAGCCAAGUUACGUGAAAAUCCAGAAAUUUGUUCUGUGAACAGCAUCACAGUUUCAGAUAAAGUGGGCCGAUGAUUCUUCCUUGACCAGGCGUAUAUUCUUGCUUUGUUACACAAGUUGGGAGUUGGGACAAAUUUUAGUCUUUGAGACAGAAGGCAUAAUUUUAGGAACCUCCCCUGAGGUUUUAAUAAUUAUUUAAA